GGAAAGAAAAAAAAACUCAUCCAAAAGAAUGCCUAAAAACCUUCAUAAAUCCAUUCAUGUCUGUCUUUCAAAACUCAAGAGAACAAAGCAAAACAAUCAUCACAAUCAUUCCUCUCCUAGUCUUGUCAAUUCUUCUCCCAAGAAAUGGAUUUUAUCUGGUUGCAAACACUCUAGAACUCUUUCUUUCGCAGUCGAAAAAACACCAUCAUCGUCUUCGGGUACCAAGAGUCGCGACAGUGGUGCAGCAACGCUAUCCGAUACCAAGAGUCGCGAAGAUGGUGCAGCAACACUGUCUGAUAUUGACCGUUUUCUCUUCGAGAAUUUUAAUUCAUUACAUCGUAAUGAAAACGAUAACUUGGUGGUUGAUGAGAAGAGUAGUAAGAUGAUGAAGAAAAAGAUCAACAAGAAAAAUGAAGAUUCUCGUCGUGAUAAUGGGAAUAACGACUUCUUGUUCGAAUCGCCUCGCCUUAUGUAUCCGCCACCAGAUAGGAUUCGGGCGUCGAGCCGAUUCUUUGUUUCUCCGGGUACAUCAAGUUCAUUGGUUGAAGAAAAUCGGUCGAGUACCGGCGGAAGUAGUUCUACAUUUGACGAUAUUGGUUCUUCCAGUUCUACUGCUCAUCAUACUUGUACUGCAACUCCUAGUGAUCAGUCACUUGAGGUUAAAAAUGGUACUGACCAUAACUUACCCGAGGAUAGUGUUGCCGUGUUACGGAACUCUCCGAACCCGUAUGACGAUUUCCGGCGUUCCAUGCAAGAAAUGAUUGAAGCUAGAUUGGAUCAAAAUCAAUCUGUUGAUUGGGAUUUCAUGGAAGAACUACUGUUUUGUUACUUGAAACUGAACGAGAAGAAAUCAUACAAGUAUAUAUUAGGUGCUUUUGUUGAUCUAAUCGUAAAUUUACGACAGAAUAAUACAGGUAAAUCUCAGACGAGAUCACGUCGAGUCUCGAUGAAAAGGAAGGAAAUCAAGAAGAUCGUGAAGAGGAAAGAUGUGUAACGUAAGAUUUUGGUAAUUACUUUCUUAAUUAAGUUUAAUGAGAAAAGCGCAUAUGGUGGGGUGUCGCCAUGUGUGUAAAUAUAUACCAGUAUAAUAUCCUGUGGGUAAUUAAUUAGUAAUUACUAAUUGCCUCAUU